CUUGAAUCCUGAUUUUGUUUCAGAAUGAAUGGUCUAAGUGCUUUUCUUCUUCCACGCGGAGUAAUUUUAACCCGAGCCCGUAGGUUCAGCUCCGUGAGCACAGAACGACUGGAAUUUGAUAAGUUUGGUAUUCCUACCGAGGUUAUUCAACUAAAGCGUGAGGAGACAAAAUUUAAUCUCAAGUCCGGAGAAGUUCUGGUUCGAUUUCUCGCUAGUCCUGUUAAUCCUGCAGAUAUAAACACUAUUCAGGGAACUUAUCCAAUAAAACCGACUCUACCUGGAGUUGGAGGAGGAGAAGGUGUAGCAGAAGUAUUGGAGACUAAGGGCUCUAAAUUAGAACCCGGAGAUUGGGUUCUACCAGGUCUAGCUAUGUCAGGGACCUGGAGAACACACGGAGUGUACGAAGAGGGAAACCUGAUCAAAAUACGGAAUGAUAUCUCUGUAGAGAGUGCUGCAACCUUGAUGAUAAAUCCUGCAACAGCGCUGAGAAUGUUGGAGGAUUUUAUCCCUCUCCGUGCAGGUGACUGGAUAGUACAGAACGGAGCAAAUAGUGCGGUCGGACUGGCUGUUAUUGAGAUAGCAAAGAUCAAGAAUUUGAAAACAAUAAACGUGGUGCGUAACCGGGAAAAUAUUGAUGAAUUAAAAGCUCAAAUGAAGAGGAUGGGAGCUGAUGAAGUUCUUACAGAGGAAGAAGCUCGAAGAGCCUGGAGAGAACUACCCCGCCCCCGCCUAGCAUUAAAUUGUGUGGGUGGAGCAAGUGGGACGGAACUAUGUAAGGCCCUGGGAGAGGAUGGUGUACAUGUUACCUACGGUGGUAUGUCUCUGAAACCUGUUAUAGCUGCCACGUCACAUAUGAUCUUCAAGAAUAUAAGUUUGCGAGGAUUCUGGUUAUCUCGGUGGUAUAAAGAGCAGGGAAUGAAUAAAACAAGAUUAAAAAUGAUCUCCCAGCUCACAGAUAUGAUCGCAGCUAAGGAUCUCUCUCCUCCACCUUUAAACCCUAUUCCUUUUAAUCAAUUUAAACCUGCUCUUGAAACUACACUAAAAGGUUUCAAAGGCGCAAAAUUUAUUUUCAAAAUGUAAAAUGUACCAAUGAAUGCGAAGUUAUGAAAUAUAUAUUUUAUUAACAA